AUGGCAAAUCUGAGAUUCCAUUUCUUAUUUUUACUUCUCUAUGCAAGUAUUAUUAUACUUGUUUCAAAUAACUCUGUUGCCAAAAUCUGCCUUCCAAGACAACACGAUGCUUUUUCGGCAUUUGAAGAUUCACUAUUUGAUGUUGGAAACGACAAUUAUUUUAACACCAAUGAUCAGGCAAAUUAUGCGCCUUACGGACAGACCUUCUUCAAGUACCCUUCUGGAAGAUUUUCAGAUGGUCGUUUAGUUCCAGACUUCAUAGCUGAGUAUGGAAAAUUGCCUUUGAUAAAACCAUAUCUUCAUCCUGGCCACCAUAGAUAUACUGAUGGAGCAAACUUUGCAUCAGCAGGAUCUGGAGCUCUUUCGGAAACUCGUCAAGGAUCUGUUUUGGACCUGAAAACACAGGUAAGAUAUUACAAGAAGGUUCACAGGCUAUUGAGGGAGGAACUAGGAGAUGAAGCAGCUCAAACAUUGAUCUCAAGCUCUGUCCACUUGAUUAGUACUGGGGUCAAUGAUUAUGCAAUUUACAUUACAAAUUUAACUGUGCUUUGGUCAAAUUCUCACCAAGAUUAUGUGAAUAUGGUGAUUGGCAACAUUUCUUCUGCUAUCAAAGACAUAUAUAACGUAGGAGGAAGAAGAUUUGGGAUUCGUAAUGCAGGCCCUUUGGGUUGUUUACCAGUUAUGAGGGUACUAAGAGGUGGAGCUGCAGGUGACUGCAUCGAAGAAGCUACAAAAAUAGCAAAACUACACAACAAGCAACUUUACAAGAUGCUGAUAAAGCUUGGGAAUGAGCUCCAAGGGUUUAAGUAUGGACUCACUGAUUACUUCACAUUUCUAACAGAACUAAUGGAUAACCCUUUCAAAUAUGGUUUUAAGGAAGGGAAUGUGGCAUGCUGUGGCAGUGGUCCCUACAGAGGAACUUCAAAUUGUGGAUUGAAGAUAGAAGGAAUAGAAGACUACAAGUUAUGCGAUAAUGUUGGUGAUUAUGUGUUCUUUGACUCUUCUCAUCCCACAGAAAAGGUCAACCAGAAACUCUCAAAAUUGAUGUGGGACGGAAAGGGCAGUGGUCCCUACAAUCUCAAAGCCUUAUUAGAGAUUUGA